AGUGGAACAGCACGUUUUGGGUUUUAGUUUCUCCGGCUGUCUGGAUUAAUUUGUUUUAGUUCCCUAUAGUUUUUUUAAAGAUAAGUCACUUAUCGUGUUCUGUGCAUGGACGAGCUGACAUAAUGGGGGAGGUUUGUAAAUGACGAUUGGAUAAGCCCGACCUGUAAUGUGAUAUGUGAUAAGAAUUUAACCAUGAUUCCUAUCGAAAAUAAGCUGGAGGAGAUGACAGAAUCGGCUAGAAAGCGCAAUGAAAGAAAGUUGGCGAGAAAAAGGACAAAGAUUAUCAGUUUGGUGCAGAAAGAUGCCGGACUUAAUGUGACCGAGGUUCCGGCGAGGUGGCUAAUUGUUUGGGGCUUUGGUCUUGCGAAUGGAACUACAAAGAAAGAUAUCAAAGAAAUGUUCAGAAAUCCUGAAGAAAUUCGAUACUACAAGGAUAAAGCGUAUUGUUUUAUGAGAUAUGUUACCACAGAUGUGGCAUCGAAUGUGAAAGAGCUGUAUGAAGAAGAGUUUUUCAAGCUAGCUUUACGAGACAAGAAUCCAGUCAAGAGAUUUAUUGGAUUUAUUAAUGAUGAGCCACCCCCAGAAGAUUUGCAGUUGAUAGCCAGCUUUUCAAGUUCUUGCCCCUCUGGUUUACGUAUUAUACCCGAAUUCGUUACAAAAGAAGAAGAGGAAUUGAUUUUAUCAAGAAUUGACCCAAGUCAAAACGAUGGCAAUCAUGAAAAUAAAUCGGAAACGGAACCUGAAACAAUAACCAAACUAUUGAAACAUCGAUGGGUUCGCCACUUUGGAUACGAGUUUAGAUAUGGAUCUAAUGAUAUCAAUUUCGAAAAUCCAUUAGCUGACAAAAUUCCAAGUUAUUUAAAUUCUGUUAUUGCAAAAAUGGUGCAGAACGAGUUUGUAUUUAAGGAGCCUCCUCAGCAGUUAACUGUCAACCAGUAUCGGAGUGGUCAAGGAAUUCCACCUCAUGUCGAUACUCACAGUUGUUUCGAAGGCCCAAUCGUCUCUCUCAGCCUAGGAUCUGAAAUUGUGAUGAAUUUCCGGCGUGGAGAUGAACUGUACUCGACAAUUGUACCUCCUCGGUCUCUCCUCGUGAUGGAUGGUGAUGUUCGGCACGGAUGGACUCACGGAAUUGCAAAUAGAACAUUUGACCUUGUUCCAAGCUGUGGAAUCGAUGUGAUGCAUAGAAAAACAAGAACGUCUUUCACAUUUCGAAGACUACGAAAAAAUCCAAUCUGUUGUUGCUUAUUUCCAGAAAUGUGUGACUCCCAGCAGGGAAAAAUUAGUGAGGAAAACGCAUCGAACUUAGAAGACCAUCUUGUUCACAAAGUGUAUGAAAAUAUCGCUCCACAUUUUCAUGAAACCAGACACACACCUUGGCCAAGAGUCAGAAACUUUAUCGAAAGCAUUACAGAAGAAGGUGCCGCGAUAUUGGAUGUUGGUUGUGGAAAUGGGAAAUACUUUCAUCUCAACAGUAAAGCCAUUCAGAUUGGAACCGAUAUGAGCACCGGACUUUUGAAAAUCUGCAGAGAUAGAAAUUCGCAAGUUUUAAGGGCUAAUGCUUUACAACUCCCCUUUCGAGACGAAUGUUUUCAUGCCGUGAUAUGCAUAGCAGUUUUGCAUCAUGUUUCAACCAAGGAACGCCGGCUCAUUGCACUCGCCGAAAUUAUGCGAAUUCUAAUUCCUCAUGGUCAAGCUUUAAUCUACGUCUGGUCCAAGGAUCAGCGCCAUCAAGAUGAAGAAUCCGUCUAUGCCAAACAAUCCGCAUCCUCAACAAAAAGCUUGGUUGACCCCUGUGAUGCUAAAUCUACCGAAUUUUCAUUCAUCCAUAUCCACGAACGGCAGUCAGAUUUCUCCCAAAAUGACGUCCUCGUUCCAUGGGUAAACGUUAAAGAUGACAAGAAUCCCGUCCAUCAUCGUUAUUAUCACGUUUUCGACAAGGGUGAACUGGAAGAUCUGGUCUCCUUAUUAGACCCACCCCCACAGAUACUUGACUCUUAUUAUGACCAGGGAAAUUGGGUAGUUAAAAUUAUGAAAGACAAAGUAAGUUGAUAAAUAAAUGACAAUUCCACAUCAUUUUCAAAUUAAAAAUUGUAUUUGUCUUUAUUCAGUCGUGCGUGAAUAAUAAUAUCAUUUAUUAACAGCGA